CCCAAUACUCAUUGAAUGGAUUUGUGAUUUGAAAACUCAUCCACCAACCAAAUUUUGUAUCCCCUCCUCCAUUCAUAGUUUGCCUCUCAUUUCACUUUCUUUCCCAUUUCUAUUCUUAUCUGAAGCAAUAAAAAUUGAAGGGGGAAAAAAAAAAUAACUUUGAAGGUUCUCAGAUCAUCCAAAUUUUCCCAUCACUUUGCAUUGCAAUUUUUCGCAAAGAAGUAUGAUCUUCAUGGGAAGAGCUUGAAGGAAAAUCCAAACUAGAGAGAAGACAAUUGAAAAAUGGCUAAGCCCAAUGACUCAAAGUUCCACAUAGCCAUGUUCCCAUGGUUUGCAUUUGGCCACAUGACUCCAUUCCUCUACCUCUCCAAUGAACUCGCCAAAAGAGGCCACAGGAUCUCGUUUUUGCUCCCAAACAAGGCCCAACACCAAUUAAAACCCACCAAUCACCACCCCGAUCUCAUCACCUUCCACCCACUCGACGUCCCGGCCGUCGACGGCCUCCCGAAGGGCACCGAGACCGCCUCCGACAUACCCAUUUUCCUAACCACCCACCUCGCCACCGCCAUGGACCUCACGCGCCACCAAGUCGAAUCCAUUUUGAUUAACUUGAAACCCGAUUUUGUUUUCUACGAUACCGCUCAUUGGAUACCGGAAUUAGCCUCGACAAUCGGAUUCAAAACCGUUUGCUACAAUGCAGUUUGCGCGGCAUCGCUUGCGACCGCAGUGGUCCCUGCCCGAAGAGUUUUCAAAGAUCGGCAGCUCACGAUGGAGGAACUGGCGGCGCCACCCCCCGGAUACCCAUCAACCACCGUGGUGCUCCGCCAACACGAGGCGCGUGCAUUGUCGUUUAUAUCAUUUGAAUUCGGCAGCGGAAUAACGUUUUAUGAUCGGGUCAAAACUGCAAUGGAAAAAUGCGAUGCGAUAUCCAUUCGCACGUGCCAUGAAGUAGAGGGAGAAUUGUGCAAUUACAUAGGGACCCAGUUUGCAAAACCCGUGUUUCUAACCGGACCAGUGUUGCCCGACCGGGAUAAAAAUCCUGUUGAGGACCGGUGGGAGAGGUGGCUGGGCCAGUUUGAACCUGAGUCGGUUGUGUUCUGUGCAUUUGGGAGCCAGUGGGUUCUUGAAAAAGCCCAAUUUCAAGAACUUGUCCUUGGGUUCGAGUCAACCGGCCUGCCCUUUCUGGUGGCUGUGAAACCGCCGACUGGGGCAGCGACGGUGGAGGAAGCGCUGCCGGAAGGGUUUGAAGAAAGGGUUAGAGAGAGAGGGGUGGUUUGUGGAUGGGUUCAACAGCCACAGAUAUUGGGCCAUAAAUCCGUUGGGUGUUUUGUGAAUCAUUGUGGGUUUGGGUCAAUGUGGGAGGCAUUGAUGAGUGAGAGUCAGAUAGUUCUUGUGCCACAUUUGGGCGACCAAAUUUUGAACACAAGAUUAUUGGGUGAUGAAUUGAAGGUUGCAGUGGAGGUGGAGAGAGAUGAAAAUGGGUUGUUUUCAAAGGAGAAAUUGUGCAAGGCUGUUAAGUCUGUGAUGGAUAAAGACAGUGAGGUGGGUGGGUUGGUUAGGAAAAACCACGAAAAGUGGAGGGAAACCCUAGCGAGCAAAGGGUUCAUGAGUGGUUAUAUAGAUGGGUUCAUAGAGAAGUUGCAUGAGCUCAAGUGUCAAUGAAAUUGAGUUCAAACCCUCUGCGCUCUAUUUUGCUUGUACCGGUUUAUGGCGCAUCCCAUUGAAUAACGUGAAAAUAUUCUCAUCUCUAAAAAUUAUUGUAUGGUAAAAAAUGACCAGAACAUAGGUACAGAUAAUAUUGGAUACAGAGGUUUUGAGGGGAAUGUAAAUGAGACGACAGACAGGCUUGUAUGGCAUCAGUAAAAAUAGGCUAAACAAGUGUCUAGUCUGAAACUGAAAUGAUAGAUUUUUCCUUUACUUGACAAGGUAUUGCCUUACGGUAUGCCAAUUGUAUACAGUGUAUUUUUCUUAUGCUUUCAUAA